UGAUUCAAGUCUCAGUUUAGAGUUUGAUAAAUAUGUAGCAACGGCAGCUGAAAUGUGCUAAGGUGGUAAAUUAUUGUCCGUCGUUGACGCGCAAUCGUUCGCAACAGCUGUCUUGUUUAUAGCGCCGAAUGUGAUGCACUGUAUCAUUAAACAACCAGAACACGAACGCUGUCGUUUUCCGUAUCAAUGUGUCUUUAUGCAAGAAAUCGGAAAUAAUCCAUCGUUGGAUAUAAGGCAAAUGUAUCGGAAAUCCUUCGAGUAGCAUUUGGACUUUAAAACGUUGGAUUUUAUCGGUGCGUCAAUGUACAUUUGAGAAUUUAUUAGAAAUAAGAUAUAAUAAGGGGUCGUUCACAACUAACACGUGAUAGUGCUUUGACGCAGCGGUCCCGAGACAUGUUUUAAACAGUUGAAUUUCUUUUUAGUUGACACGUCGUCUAAAAACGCAGCGCUCCUGCGGCGCAACGGUCGAAGACACCCGGCUAGCGUCUAAUGUUAAUAUAUUGAAAACAAUAAAAUAAAAAAACAACAAGGACGGAUGCAAAAACGAGUUCGGGCGUGAACGGCCCCGAAGACUUGCAAGCUGUUUGGAUCGAGGGGGUAUAUACACUACCCCUAUCGCACAUAGACUGAAACGUCAUCAGCAUUUUCCUGUAUUUAAAUGAUCGAGAGAGGAGGUCAUUGCUGAAAUAAGGAAGAACGCCGGGUAUUAAGAGAAACUGAGAGAGUUACACACACAUCAAGAUUUACUAGAUUAGACUACAUAAAUGGGGGAUUACGGCUUUGGAGUCCUGGUUAAAAACAACGCUGCAAACAAAUCAGUUUUCCCAGUAAGAAUUCAUCCACACCUACAGCAUACGGUCCACCACCAGACAGCUCCUCCAAGCCCCCCGGCUUUCAUCAGUAACAACAACACUACCAAUGGUGGAAGCAUCGGGUCCACUUGGCUCUUCCCGGCUGUGACGACCCUUUCUACCAUGCAAGAUGAUAUUUUGGAGUCCGAGACAUCCAAGACUGAGCAAGAGAGUCACGAAGGACAAGACAAGCAGGCACUCUCUCCAUCAGGUCACCAAGAAACACCAGGAAACAUAUCAGAGUUGGACAACACCAUGCCAGAGGAGAAUCAGCUGGAAAACGGGACCAUGGAGAACACUAAUGGAAAGGAGGGUCUGCGGCUUGAAUCUCCAGCAUUAUCAGGGUUUGACUAUCAGGAGACGUCUGGCAUUGGUACUUUAACCCAGUCCAGUAGCUCUUCCUCAUCAUCUCUUACUGGGUUUAGCAGCUGGUCCACUGCUAUUCCCCCCAAUGCCUCCAACUUGAUAGAAGAAGUUGGCUUUUUCAAUCAGGCUACUACUACUAACAAUGCUCCUUCACCGCUGCUAUUUCAAAGUUUCUCUCACCACACCAGUACAGGUUUUGGGAGUAAUUUCUCCCACCAGAUGGGGCCACUAUCUCAGCACCAUCCAUCUCCUCAUCCUCACUUCCAGCACCCUCAUAAUCAGCACCGCAGAUCCUCACCCAACCCCCAUCCACCGCCCUUCUCCCACCGCAGUGCUGCUUUCAACCAGCUUCCCCAUUUGGGGAAUAACCUUAGCAAGCCUCCUUCCCCUUGGGGAAGCUAUCAAAGCCCCUCCUCAACCCCUUCUUCAACUUCUUGGAGCCCAGGUGGAGGGUAUGGAGGCUGGGGAGGCUCUCAGGGCCGGGAGUAUCGCAGGGGGCUGAAUGGAGGUGUGAAUCCCCUCAACUCUAUCUCACCUUUAAAGAAGUCUUUCCCAAAUAACCAGACCCCCAUGCAGAAGUAUCCCCGCAACAACUCCAGUUUCAACACUAAACCCUGGAUGGAGGAUGCCAUUAAUCGCAAUGAUAGCAUCUUUCCAUAUCAGGAUCGCAGUCGGUCCUUUGAUGGCUUCAGCAUGCACUCCCUUGAGAACUCGCUGAUUGACAUCAUGAGAGCUGAGCAGGAUUCCUUGAAAGCAAGGAAUUAUGGAAGGCAACGAGGUCACUCAUCCUUGUUUCCCAUGGAGGAUGAGCGGCAUUUUGGAGAGGAUGAGCGAUCUGAUCAGAGCCUGAGUGGUCUGGGAUCCCCACAUAGUUUCCCUCACCAGAAUGGUGAUCGCAUUGAGCGGUAUUCUCGCAAAGUCUUUGUUGGUGGUCUACCUCCAGAUAUAGAUGAAGAUGAGAUAACUGCAAGUUUCCGACGCUUUGGACAUCUGUUUGUGGACUGGCCACACAAAGCAGAAAGUAAAUCUUACUUUCCACCAAAAGGGUAUGCAUUUCUGCUGUUCCAAGAUGAGAGCUCUGUCCAGGCCCUGAUUGAUGCCUGUAUGGAAGAGGAUGGGAAGCUUUAUCUUUGUGUCUCUAGUCCUACAAUCAAAGACAAACCAGUACAGAUACGACCCUGGAAUCUAAAUGACAGUGACUUUGUGAUGGAUGGCUCUCAGCCCCUUGACCCCAGGAAGACCAUCUUUGUUGGGGGAGUUCCACGACCUCUACGAGCUGUGGAGCUCGCAAUGAUUAUGGACAGACUCUACGGUGGGGUGUGCUAUGCUGGCAUUGACACAGACCCUGAGCUGAAGUAUCCUAAAGGGGCUGGACGGGUGGCCUUUUCCAAUCAGCAGAGCUACAUUGCUGCUAUCAGUGCUCGCUUCGUACAACUGCAACAUGGAGAGAUCGAUAAACGGGUGGAAGUGAAGCCAUAUGUACUGGAUGACCAGCUGUGUGAUGAGUGUCAGGGCACACGUUGUGGGGGCAAGUUUGCACCUUUCUUCUGUGCUAAUGUCACCUGUCUCCAGUACUACUGUGAAUACUGCUGGGCAGCCAUUCACUCACGUGCUGGACGGGAGUUCCACAAGCCUCUAGUGAAGGAGGGAGGGGACCGGCCUCGUCACAUCUCUUUCCGCUGGAACUGAUUCUGGAGGUCAAGGCUGUGCUAUUCGUAUAAAUGCACUUUUCAUUUUGCUAUGUCCUUUUUAUUUAGUUAUUUUUAAGUCUACAUUUUUUUUAUUUAUUCUUAAGUUUUAAAAGAUAUUGCAGAAGAGAAUGCUAAAAGAAAAUGGUAUAAUCCUGAUUUUUGUUAAAAAGCUACAUUGGUGCGCAUGAAGACUUGAAUGCAUUAGAUUUAAAAAAUAUAGAUGUAUAGCCUGACUUCACUCUGGAUUACUGUUUUAUCUUUAUUCUUCUGGGGCCUCAUCUUCUGUUUGUAAUGGGUCACAUUUUCACUUAGAAGGCCAUGCACAAAGAGGAGGCAGGAAAUGAAAAGACUUAUGUCCAUUGUGUGACUGAUGUCAAUGUUUACUUUUUCAGUGACUAAUCUUAAAUGGUUGCAUGGCAAAUGUGGGAUCAUAGUUACUACUUUCAACAAUAUACACAGCAACAUGGCUUCUUACAGGAGACCAGGUUUUUGCUGGAUGAUUAACAUGAUUCUAACAUGUGAGGCAAGCUUCAUAUGUUUAGAAAGACAUCUGUUUAAAAAAUCUAACAAACUAAUGGCUAACUUUGAGCAAAUCAAGCAUAGCCACAACAAGAUCUGAGGCAGGCAAAAGGACAACAACUAAGAAGUGUAGAGACACAGGGAUAUGGUUUGGGAUGAUGUGUCUUGCCUUGUUACACAGGUUUAGUAAUGCAAACCAAAGAUGAGCUUUUGCGAUAUCAUAAAUGUACGUGGUUUGGUAGACAAGAAAAAAAAAAAAUUAUUAUUGUAAUGGUUUUGGCAGUAACUUUGGCUCAUUUGUCAGGGAUAUUGUGUUAAACUCCACAUUGUAGUAUUUACUAAUAAAAAAUUACCAUGUGUUGCAUUGAUAGUGUUUUAAUGCAUGGGUUUUGCCAUGGGUUUAUUGGUGUUCUAACUGAGCAUCGCAGUAGCUGAGCACAUUUAAAAGAAUUUGAAAAAUAUUAUUUUAUACAUGGUCUGCUGAUUUUUGUACUGUGUUUUAUAGCUAAUUAUUUUGUCAUGGCAUAAGAAAACAUUAUGCACUACUUUUCUAAAUAUUGUUUGCCAAGUAAACUUUUUUUCCACAAAUGGUUGUGAUAACUUGUUUUGUUUUUUUUUCCUUUUGUUUUUUUUUACUUGUUGGAUAUAGAUUUUGUACCUUUUUGUUACUAAGAGAUCUGAUUAUGACAAAUGUACCUUAAGGAAAAGAAAAAGCUAAUGUAAUUUUUUUGGUUUAAGAUUGUAUGUAUUCAUGCACUGAACCUAAAUUGUCACAUUUUAUGUGACUAUUGUUGAAACAAAUAUCUAAUAUUUGCAAAAUGCAAACAGUGUUCUUUUCUGUCUUAAUGGACAAAGUAAAAAUUGAAACUAGCAUGACAAAAAAAAAAAAAUCCUUAAUGGUGGUACAUGUAGAAAUCGAGUACCUACCUGCUAUCACUUAUGAGAAUGAUGAUCCUUCCCUUAUUAUUGGCUCUAGCAAAUAAUGAACAAUGUAAAUUAGGGUAAUUUUAGGAUGCACCUUGUAUCACAAUGUUGAAUGUUCCAUGUUGAAAUAAUAAUGUUUAUUAUUAUGUAUAAUCCUGAGAAGCAACACUGUUAAUUUAGUUUUUAGGUGUGCAUGAGCUGAAUUUGGUAUGGGUGUUUAUAAUUUUCAUUUUAAUAAUAGUUUUGUUUCAGCCCAGAUGGUGGUCUAUAGAACAUAUUUUAUGUACCUUACCCAUGCACACGCUGUGCAUAGUCCUUUACUGUGUACUAGUUCGCCAAGAAAAUUAAGCAAACAUGAACGCUGAUGGAAAGACUUGGGUUAUUAAACGCGUAUUGAUAAAGGGUUUACUUGAAUACAUUUUCAAAAUUUUGACCGCGAGAUCAGUGCAAUACUUUUUUCCAGAGAUAUUUAGUAUACUUCUAAUAUAAUCAUAUACUGUAUGUGCAAACCAAUUAAUUCCAACCUGUCUCACCUCAUAAUAUCACUGUUAGCGAUUAUAACCUUUAACGUUCUGAUUUAUAUAGUAAACUAUACCACUGAAAUUGCAGGUGUUUAUACUUUUAUGUAUUCACAUAUUUUCUUACUUGAUUUCAUGCUACUGUGAUUACAAUGUAAAUAUUAAGUGAAUAAUGUUUUAAUCAUUUACUGAUAUUUUUUUAAUUGGAAUGUAAUACUUGUCAUUUUGAUUAUAGAUUUUGAUCAGUAAAUCAGUACACUUAUUAGAUUUUAUAGUUUUAAUAAUCACUAUAUUGUGCUUCAUGUCUACAGAAGAAAAAUAUUAGAAUAUUCUCUACGUAACUGAUUAUUUAAAUUUUACAUAGUUUAUAACAGUGUAUGGGAAGGUGUAUUUAUCAAUAGAUGUUUAUAAGAGGAAUGUUUUUUUUUUGUUGUUAUUUUUUUGCUAUUUCAUUUAUAAGUUUUAAUUUUAUAUUUUAAAUCCAUAUGGAGUUAUGUAAAGGAAAAUAUCAUUUAAAAGUUGGGUUAGUCAUACAUGUGCUUUGGUAGUUGAGUCUUAAUUAUUUGCAGUUAAAUAUUUACAACAGAAUGCUUAAUUUGAAAGUAUAUGUAAUGUGAAAUGUUGAAUGAAUAAACUUGAU